CGCCUAGUCUAGGGUUGAUCCUAACAAAAAAAAUCUAGUCUAGGGUUUAGACUGUCCGUCGAGCGUCGAGAGCCGUCUGCCCGCGAGCGUGGGUGUGAAGUAUGUCGACAGGGAUCGCCGGGGGGCCGCCGCCGACGGAAAGAGCAUCCUGGUGGACGUGUUUGGUACUCACCGCCGAGUCUCUCUUGAUGACUCCAGUCUUUGAAACAAUGAGGAAUUGUUUCGGCAAUGUGCAGGCAUCCUUCUCAAGAACAAUGGUGAUUUUUUUUUAGGCUUGGAACACAAGAACAAAAAAUACAAUAGAUUUCCAUUUGCUUUCACCUGGCGGUGAGGAUGAUGCUAGCAAUGAGCAGCAAGAUUCGGCAGCUACUAUUGCUGCUAUUGAUGGCAAAGAGCGAUCGACGUGGCAAGCGGUUGAUGGCAAUGCCGAGGAUGAUGACAUUAAGCAACUACUACCAAUGUCGCCACCUAAUGAAACCAGUGAUGAUGUGGUUGACUUUGAGAAAGUCAUAUGUUUUUGUCGACCUGGACCAUCGGUGGAGCUAUUGGCUGUGUAUGCAUACUUCCCCUUUGUUGGGAAAAUCGUUGUCUCUGACGAGAAUGGUGGUCAGUUUGUCUACCACCAAGAAGGAGAAAAUCCCAAACUUGACUCUGAGAAAAAUUUGGUGCUCACAGGGCCAUUCGAAACUAUCUCAGGAUUCGGUUUUAGUCGCAUGACAAUUGAAAUCCCUGAGAUAAGCAGACGUGGUGUUAUUGACACUGCUACUCUAGUUUUUGGAGAUUACCCAUGUGUGGAUGUCAAGCAUGAAGAUGCUCUUAUCACAACAAAGUAUGGCCGCCGCCUUGUUGUGUCAUAUGUGUUGAUGGAGGAAGGCUUGGGGGUCCAUGUGCAGGUCAGCCUCCGCCUCUUUGGUGACGAUACAUUUCAGACCAUCAACGUGCAUGGUCAAAUCACUGCGCAUAACCGGGUCUUCGAGGAUGAUUGUGUGUUGCUCUUCUUCUGUGAGGAGGAGGAGAAGGUGCAGCUCACCCCCUCUGCUGGCAAUGGUAGUGUGAUCCUAAAGCCAAUGCAGCGGUUCAUUGUUACGGUGCCAAUCAAUCCACAGCCAUUUCUUACAAUUAAGGUACGGUUGAAUGUGACAACUCCAAGCAACGAGGGGGUUCCCAUUCCCUUUGAAGGUGAUGUUGAGUUCCCUCUUGACAGGGACCAUAGAAUUCGGACAAUCAGCACAAACAACGGUGAGGUGAAAGUCAGUAUCACGUACAAUUGAAGAAACCUGGUGAAUUGCAAGCAUGAAGCAAAGAAGUAUUAGUACGAGGUCUUCCGGUUAUACUGCUAGCAAUAAGAGUCAAAACUUGUCCUUUGCAUAGCUCUUGUUUACUCAAGUCGUUGUCACAAUAUGAAAAUUUUAAUACCAGUAAUUUGUUUGCAACUCA